UCGCUCGCUCUCUCCUCCCUCACCCCCUCCCUUCCAAAAAGAGCCAAAUGGAUACAAAGGGCGGGGGGGAACCACACUCCAAUCUCCGAGGGGAUGCCAGUGAGGUGUGGCUUGUAUUUAAAUAUCCAAUAUGUCAAUGUAAGGGGAGUGCGUAUGUAUAUAAAGUGCCAUUUGCAUCUGAUAGCUCGAGGAAGCCAGCUAUGAGAGGCCUAGGGAGAUGGAUGCGUAGGGGAAGCGCCACUUUGACUGAGAGCAAGGUCAGGAGCUCGUUGCCCCGCCGCUGAGAAGUUCCUUGGACGCGAACAGACGUCAACUGCAGCUAGGCAGAACGCGGAGCGAGAGAGGGAGAGAACAAGCGCCGCUAAGUCGCCUGCACUCGCCGAGCGGAGAGGUAGUUCGCGCCCCGCGGCCCCCACUCGGCCCCGCGCACCCCGCCAUGGCGGAGGUGGGGGGGGUCUUCGCCUCCUUGGACUGGGAUCUGCACGGCUUCUCCUCGUCUGUGGGGAACGUGCCCAUAGCUGACUCCUCGGGUUUCCUGAACGAGCGCCUGGGCCAGAUUGAGGGGAAGCUGCAGCGCGGCUCGCCCACAGACUUCGCCCACCUGAAGGGGAUCCUGCGGCGCCGCCAGCUCUACUGCCGCACCGGCUUCCACCUGGAGAUCUUCCCCAACGGCACAGUGCAUGGCACCCGCCACGACCACAGUCGUUUCGGAAUCCUGGAGUUUAUUAGUUUGGCUGUGGGGUUGAUCAGCAUCCGGGGAGUGGACUCUGGCCUGUACUUAGGAAUGAAUGAGCGAGGAGAACUGUAUGGGUCGAAGAAACUCACACGUGAAUGUGUUUUCCGGGAACAAUUUGAAGAAAACUGGUACAACACCUAUGCUUCCACCUUGUACAAACACUUGGACUCGGAGAGACAGUAUUAUGUGGCCUUGAAUAAAGACGGCUCACCCCGGGAGGGAUACAGGACUAAACGACACCAGAAAUUCACUCACUUUUUGCCCAGGCCAGUAGAUCCUUCUAAGUUGCCCUCCAUGUCCAGAGACCUCUUCCGCUAUAGAUAAUGGACCCCUAGUAUGACCUCUGUGACCCCCAUACUCUAGGUCCACAGUUGUCUCUGCAAGCACUAUACUCAUAGCUUUUCAACCCUCUUACCUAUCAAUUUAGAUAACAGAGAAGCACUUCCUGCUCAACUCAACCCAGCUAUUCCCUUGUUCAAAGUGUAUAUCAAAGUUGGGUUAUUUGAGGGAGGGAUAUGGGUGGAAGGGGUGGGCUGGAGGGAAUCUUGUAUAUACAUUUUUUCUUUACUCAUGUUCUUUCCCCUGAGGUGGCACAAGAAAGAAUGGGGGCCCCUCCCAAGGGCCAGGGAUAUCAUGCCCCACAAUCUACCCAAAUACUUUGACAAUGGGUAAAUGAAAGACCAAGGAAUCUGCCAUAGAUGCUACAUACAGAGCUUUAGAAAAGUCUCAUUAAAAUCCUUGGGGCUAUGACCCUGGUGCAGGCCAUCCCUGCAUUGGCUUUGGAGAUUUCUUAUCUGUCCUGACAUGCAGUUUUCCUGCCAUUGGAAGUGGGAGAUGGGGUAGGUUGUGAGAAAAUGAUAUUAAAAUGUAAGCAUGGAUACUGUGCAUAAGGACAAACUAUUUAUGAAAUGAAUAUGCUAUUUAUUUUAUAUAUUUAUUUAUUUCAAAAUAAUUUUAUUUUUAAUGAGAGAUGCUAUGACUGGAUUUUCAUCAGAAAGAAUAAGGUCCUACUGAAACAGGAUAAAUGAGUUA